CAAAAACAAAAAAAAAACAAAGGAACCAAAAAGAUACCAACAAAGCACAAAGGAAAAAGGAAAGCUUGGUUGAGGCGCAAAGGAUAAAAAGGGUCAUCACCCCCACAAAGGCAGUGGCAGGAAAAACCUUCCCAACUCAUCAAAGAGAUAUAAGAGAGAGAUUCAGACAAAGUCUAUGCACACCUUCUAGCUACUGCCUUCUUCACAACAGAUACAAACACCAAGAUCAUCAUCCAUCAAAUAUCAACGAAGAGAGCAAGUCAUGAUACAUACGUAACCUGCAGGCAGAAGCCAGAAGCUGAUCUAGAUUUUGUAACUUGUGCUAUAUUAAUCUUAGUUACACAUAUAUAGCUAGAUAUAGAGAAAAAAGAAUUAAAGAUGUGUGGGAAGAAGGAAGAAGAUGAAGGAGAAUGUUCUCAAAGUCUCAAUAAUAUUAACAUACACGGCUUCCAAGAACAGUUACUUCUUCAACAACACCAGCAGAUGCAACAACAACAAAACAGUGACAUAUACGGAGGCGGCAGAGGAUUGAUUUUCCCUCAUGAAGUUUCACCAAUCUUACAGCCAUGGUCUCUCCCUCCGAUCCACGCCUUCAACCCGGCCCACUUCGCCGCAAACCCGGUCCAAGACCACGACCCAUUUCUCGUCCCUCCCCCGCCAUCAUCAUAUGCCGGUUUGUUUAACAGGAGAGCUCCUUCUCUACAGUUUGCCUAUGACGGUCCAUCAUCCGACCAUCUCCGAAUCAUAUCCGACACUCUCGGCCCGGUGGUUCAACCCGGUUCCGCCCCGUUUGGACUUCAAGCUGAGUUGGGUAAAAUGACUGCCCAAGAAAUCAUGGAUGCCAAGGCUCUUGCAGCUUCUAAGAGUCACAGUGAGGCUGAGAGGAGGAGAAGAGAGAGAAUCAACAACCAUCUUGCUAAGCUGCGCAGCUUAUUACCCAGCACCACCAAAACGGACAAAGCUUCAUUGUUAGCAGAAGUAAUACAACACGUGAAAGAGCUUAAGCGCCAGACUUCUUUGAUAGCGGAAACUAGUCCUGUACCAACUGAAGUUGAUGAACUAACCGUUGAUGCAUCCGACGAAGAUGGUAAGUUUGUUAUCAAAGCCUCUCUUUGCUGUGAAGACAGGUCGGAUCUCUUGCCUGACCUCAUCAAGACCUUGAAAGCUUUACGUUUAAGAACCUUAAAAGCUGAGAUUACUACACUGGGGGGGCGUGUAAAGAACGUGCUUUUCAUUACUGGGGAAGAGGAUUCGAGUAGUAGCGGCGACCAAAACCAGCAACAACAGCAACAGCAAUAUUGUAUAAGUUCAAUUCAAGAAGCGCUUAAGGCGGUGAUGGAGAAGACUGCAGGGGAUGAGUCUUCAUCAGGGAGUGUUAAGAGACAAAGGACUAAUAUCAAUAUCCUUGAACACAGGCAGCUUUAAGCCAUUGCACUUCUUGUGAUCUUUCUUUUCUUUUUCAUAUUCUUCUUUUGCUUCUUUUUUUUCUUUUCUUGUGGGAGUGGUUUUUUGGUGUGUUUAUUAUGUAUUUGCACCAAUGAAGAAAUCGGUAAAUGAUGGUAUGUUUUGUGUGCC